ACCAAUCAGGAAAGCCUCUGGUUGCUUUCGUGACGUCAUUACCACUCCUGUCUACUAAAGAAGGAAAGCAAAAAAAGAAAAAGGAAUCUGAAGCGCGAGCACUGUUUGAUCCUUAGACUAGGAGGAUAAUAUAAUCUUACUGUACUUUGGUGCGCCGUAAAUAGCGGUCUGUCGAGAAGGAAGGAGUAGGAUCGGUGGCUCUUCGAGGAGAUACAGUACAUCCGUAGUGGGAAAAGUGGUAGUUGUAGUGUUUGCAAACGGUCGGCAUUUAUUUGGAUUUUUAUCGCAUAAUCUUGCUUAAAUAGUUGCUCCUUGAAAUUUUGGUGACACUUAAAGAAAACAAAGGAUUGUACUUGGAAACCAGCAGACACGUUUUUGUGCAAACUUGACAGCUUAGCUGGCUUCCAUUUUAGUAAUGGCUCAAGAGACUAACCAGACUCCUGUCCCUAUGCUGUGUACCACUGGCUGUGGAUUUUAUGGAAACCCUAGGACUAAUGGAAUGUGUUCAAUUUGCUAUAAGGAACAUCUUCAGAGGCAGAACAGCGGUAGAAUGAGCCCACUAGGUGCUACUGCUGGUUCUAAUAGUCCAACCACAGAGUCCAUUACCCAAAGAACUGAAGCUAGCUACUGUGAAGCACCCAUUAGCAGCACAAUGGAAACAUCAAGGAAUAUGCCACCAGCAUCGCUACCAGUAACGCAACAGAUGACUGAAAUGAGUAUUUCCAGGGAAGACAAAGCAGCUUCACCAAAAGCAGAGGCAGCAGAGCCAGUUGUAACUCAACCAAGUCCAUCAGUUUCACAACCCAGCACAUUAGUAAAUGAAGAGACACCAGAACUACCCAAACCAAAGAAGAACAGGUGCUACAUGUGCAGAAAGAAAGUUGGCCUUACAGGUUUUGACUGCCGUUGUGGGAACUUGUUUUGUGGACUUCAUCGUUACUCUGACCAGCACAACUGUCCUUAUGAUUACAAAGCAGAAGCUGCAGCAAAGAUCAGGAAAGAGAAUCCAGUGGUUGUAGCAGAAAAAAUCCAGAGAAUAUAAAUUAAAAUUUUAACACUUGCAGAUAGACUAUUUUUUUAAAUAUAUCUUCCGGAAUCCAUACCCAGAUGCAUGAAUGAAUUUUUUAUACUCUUUUUGGUUCUUAAUGAUUGCACGUUACUUCAGGCAGAAUUGCAUUUGUGCAGUCCAAAAAAUUAUUCACCUUAACUUGGCAUUUUGUAGAGAGUGACAUAUAUUACAUUAAUAUGUGCCAAACCUCGAUAGAAGCUAUGAUCCUAUUGUCAUCUAUGUAAGAUUUAACACAUUUGCAUAAGGGAUGCAGUAUUGGCUUUUUUUCUUUAUCACAUUACUAUUAAGAGAUUUGUGUUUCUAAGCUUGUGUACAUUCAUGUACACUGUACAAGAAUGAGUGCAAUAUUUAUACACUGGUUUUGGAUCAUUUUGUUAAAUGUAUGUUUUAAGCUUUGUUUUUAAAGUGCUGUUUUCAGUUUGCCUACUGACAGGAGAUGAAGCAUACGCACUACCAUCACUGGGCUUUCUAGGUAACCAUACAGAGCUACAGAUGUGUCAUAGCAUAAAUUGUUUACAGACAGCAGUGUGUGGUUUUGGUGGUCACUGUACAGCUAGUAGUUUUGUGCAGUACCCACUUAGAAUACUGUAUCACAGUUAUGUUUCUUUAUAUAGCUGUCAAAGGGGCAACCCUGCUUCUGCAUAUAGAGAUUAUUAAUGUAGCUGUUGAACACCACCUUAGAGGGCAUUCCCCUUAAUUCCAGAGGGCUGCUGUGUCAUUCUUGUACUUGGGUGUAGGUUUCUAGUGUUGGGUGUAUUGCAUGGAUUGCAUUUAAAUUGCAUUUUACAAAAUUCUAAAAGCAGUAUACUUCACGAAUGCUUGUUUGGUAAGCUCACUGUGUUCUGAUGAAAGGUUUUGAUGUAUGAGGCGCUUUUUUCCUUUUGACUAGACUACUGCUACUGUAAUGCUUUUGUAAAUAGUUCCAUAUGCAAGCGUAGACAUUACUUUUUUUCUUCAAUUUUCACAUUUAACUUGUUUGCUCUUGUUUUCACACAUUUCAAAUGUCUGUACAGUAUUUGUAUUUAUGUGUACUCAUAAUCACUUCAUUUAUGCUGUAUUGUAUUAUGUAAAUAAAAUUAUGUACAGAGAAUUUACUUUGCAGGGAUGGUUAGCAGUACCUUCUGAUCUUGUUCAUAAAGUACAAAUAAAGGGAUUGAUUCCAGAAAA